AUGGCUGACGCGCGCGGAGAGUACUGGUACUAUGAAGAUGGCGUCGACCCCAGCAAGAUAACGGUCCCGGAACUGAGGAGCAUCCUGCUGCGACAUGGCGUUACGUAUCCGUCCUCGGCAAAGAAGCCCGCUCUGGUUGGCAUGUUCGUCGACCUGGUCCUCCCUCAGAAGUCCAAAGUCCAGCGGAUGCAGGCACACACGAAGCGAUCGACGCGGGGCAUCGUAGACGUCCCCUCCAGUUCAGCCAGUACGGUUGAGACAGACGACGCCGAGGACGAAACACUUAUUGCGCCUACGCCUGCGAAGACGCGACGCACAACCCGACGAACCACGCGCGAGCCAACAGAGGAGGCAGAGGUGCCGGCACCACGCGCCAAGACACCCGCGCGCGCUGUCCCUGCCAAACACAGCAGAGCGCUUGAGCCCGAGGUGGAUGAGAGGCCUGCAGCUAGGCGUACACGCAAGAGUGUCACUCCCGCGCCUAAAGAGCCCACGCCUGAGCCGGAAGCGUGGCAUCGCAACGAUGCUGCCAGCCCCUUCACCCAGGAAAACCCGUUCCAAAGCGGCAGCUCUCCUGCGGUCCCAGAUACCACAUCGCGCGACCGGCGUAGGAGAACUACUGGAUUUGGUCAGCAGGAGCGGCGCAAGAGCGAUGCGCACCGCCGGAGGACAGUCCAACCCAAGGCUGAACAACUGGACGAGGGCAUCAUGGUACCUACACGUGGAACGUUCGAUGUGGCGGACCCACGUACACAGCAUCAGGAAGACGAUCUUGCAGAUGCCGGCGAGGAGUUCACUCCAGAAGAGCAACUUGAACUAGUGCGCGAGCGUGCAAAGGCUGGCGAGGUCGACAUUCUGCCUCCACGCAGACGGAGGCAAAAGGGCAAAGCCACUGGUACGAUCAAAGCAAUGGCCGGAACUCUGCUCCUCACAGCAUCAGCCGCUUUCGCUGGCGUCUGGCGACAGGAAAAGAUCGAUGUUGGCUUUUGUGGCAUCGGACGAGAUGCUACUGGACUUGGUGGUAUGGAGCUACCGAGCUGGGCAGACCAGCUCCUCCCGCAGUGUGAGCCCUGCCCACCACACGCGCAGUGUUUCCGCGGGUUGACUCUGAGGUGCGAUCCCGAUUUCAUUAUGAAGGACCAUCCGCUGUCACUCGGUGGCCUGGUUCCUCUCCCUCCGACGUGUGAGCCAGACAGCGAGAAGACGCGGAAGGUGAAUGGUAUCGCGAACAAGGCAGUGGAGAUUCUGCGACAACGCAAAGCCCAGUAUGAGUGUGGGGAACCAGAUGCGGCAGGGAAUCCAGUGGAAAGCCCUGAAGUCAGCGAAGGAGAUCUGAAGCAGCAGAUGGCUUCUCAAAAGAGCAAGAGCUUGACAGACCAGGAGUUCAGUGAGCUGUUCGACAGAGCCUUUCCUGAACUGACUAUGCGAGAGGAGAUAGUCGAAAGCACCGAUGGCGUCCGAAGAUCCCUCCGAGAAUCCUUUGAACGACAUCUUCUCCAAAUUGUAACGAUGCUCAUUCUGAUUGCCACUGGAUCGUACGGAAAGUACGCAUACACCAGUAACCGAGCAAUGGAAGUUCGCGCGAAGCAACUCGCAAGCGACGCAUACGAUAGACUCCAGGACCAGGCCGCGUUGAGCUACUAUGACCCUGGCGCGGAGAAGGGUAUCAGUAUGACACAACUGCGAGAUGACGUCUUGAGGACUGAGUUCAACGCAUCUCGCCGACAGAAGUUAUGGACAAGGGUGCAGGCGAAGGUCGAAAAGAACAGCAACAUCCGUGCAGGUGUCCGAACCACCGCGAGCGGCGACGUUGCUCGCAUGUGGGAAUGGGUCGGCCCUGUGAAGCGCAUCGACGACGGACGGAGCCCUGAGAAGCGCGAGAGUGGCAGGUUCAGUCUUGGCAUGGGUAGCAGCCCACUCUCCGCAUCCAAGGAUACGAAGGAGGUCCAGAAGUGGGAGGAGGGACAUCCGAUUUACUAG